GCCGUCGUCUUCGCCCCAGUUGAUAUGUGGGUGCUCAGAGCUGCAGCCGCCACGCUGGCGCUGAGCUGUUGCGUCCUCCACGGUAUCAUCACUCCACCCUGCGCAGGUCAAGAAACUGACUGCAACUGCAGCAUCGCCAACAGCCAUUGUGACGAGUUCAGAGUCUGCAGGUGUGACCCUGGCUGGGACGGCGAACUGUGCGACCGCUGCAUGCCGAUGCCCGGCUGCGUGCACGGUUCCUGCGAGCAGCCCUGGCAGUGCACCUGUGAGCCAGGCUGGGGAGGGCGCUUCUGCGACAAAGACCUGAACGUGUGCUCGCAGCAGCAGCCGUGUCAGAACGGAGCCACCUGUGUGAUUCAGGACAGCGGCGACUUCACCUGUCUGUGCCCUCAAGGUUUCCACGGCAACAGCUGCCAGCAGAGGACCGGCCCGUGUCACCAGAGGAGGUCUCCGUGUAAAAAUGGCGGUCUCUGUGAGGACGCUGACGGUUUCGCACCAGAGCUGACGUGUCGCUGCCUGGCCGGCUUCACGGGGCCACGCUGUGAGACUGACGUUGAUGACUGUCUGAUGAAGCCAUGUGCCAAUGGCGCCACCUGUGUUGAUGGGUUCAACCGCUUCUUGUGCGUCUGCCCUGUGGGAUUCAGCGGGCGCUUCUGCACCGUCAACCUGGACGACUGCGCCAGUCAGCCGUGCCUGAACGGGGGCCGCUGCCUCGACCGCGCCGGCGGCUUCCACUGCGUCUGCCGGCCUGGCUUCACUGGAGACAUCUGUGAGACACCAACUAGCAGUGACGCCGGCAAACCCGGCUGGACAACGGUUGGGUGGGAGGGAGGAGGACGUAGAGGGAGGAGCCAGAGAAUCACAACUAGCAGUGGCGAUGGUAGGAACAGCAGCCGUCACGGUGACAGACUGCUGAAAGUGACUGUGAGCGAGCGCAGUGGCGCCGGUCUGUCAGAGGUGCAGCUCAUCAUCGUGCUGGUGCUGGCAGGGGUGACGCUCACCAUGGUGGUGCUGACCACCGCCCUUGUUCUGCAGGGUCACUGCAGGAACUGUGGACACACCUCCUGCUGGUCCUCUGUGACAUCAUCGUCUUCACAGAGAGGACAGAAAAGCCGCCAGCGAGCAUGGCCGGACGAGGAGGAGGGACAAAUCAGGUUUCUGAGCGCAGCAGAACCAGAAAAGAAGAAACUCAACACGGAGGUCAUUUAGACUGACCGGAGGGGACCGGGACACAGCUCCACCUGCCUCAGGUUCAGCUCCCAGCGAGCGCCUGAACUAUGACAUCAUCCAUGUUGUCACAGGACGACUGAAUGGACAGUUUAAACCCCACCUAUAUUACCCAGGGUGCACCUCUGCAGUCAGCUCAGAGGGGCUUGUCCCAGGGGCAUGUGGAGGCUUUUAUUUUGAAAAGGUCAAUUGAAACUGAAGCUUUAUUUUAUAAAUCAAUAAUUUAUCAACUCAUUUCUUAUAAUCACUUGGAAAAUAAAAUCGUGCUAACUGUGAGUAGAUUGACCUUUAAAAGAAUCCGACUGACAUCAUCAGCCCACACUCGGCCACGCCGAGCGACACAAGACAAAAGUCCAGAAUUUAAAUGUGGAUGAAAAUCAGAUGGAGUUCUGACUGAGGCUUCCAGAAGUUUUCAGGUGGAGAUCUGUGCUGCUUGGCUCCGCCUCUUUAUUCUCAGACUGAGCAGCUUUGCAUGAUUCACAGUUCAGAAUAAUCCUCCUGUUUUAGCUUUCUUUGAUUGGCCAGCUUUUAGAAAGCUGCAGCUUUCUGCCCAACAUGAACUGCUAAAUGAAAGUUUGGCGUCGUCGUGGGUUACUGAGUGAAGCCUGAUGGGACGUGACCACAGUCUGAUCUUUGAGAUGAAAUCUACUCACAUCAAAGUGAAGUGUGAAUAUGUUACGACUGUAUUUGUAUAUAACAUGUUUAUUUAUUGUAUGGUGUACAUGCACGUGUGCUCCGCCCACACACACACAGCUGUCAGACCUCAUCACGUUACAGGGACAAAAACGCAGAUGGAAACUUCUGAUGUCACUGAACAGAUCCCCACACAGACAUUAAAGCUGUUUCUGAACUUUA